AUGGCGACAGAGGUUGCAACAGAGCCUACAGGGCCUCCAGCGAGGCAUGUGAUCUAUUGUGAAGUUUGCACGCUCCCACCAGAGUAUUGCGAGUUCGGUGGCACGGCGAAAAAGUGUCAAGAAUGGCUCGAAAAGAAUCACCCUGACAUGCACAAGAAGCUGUAUUCAGAAGAAACUCUGACUGCCAAUUUAUCUGCCCUUUCGGUCGAAGCCCAGAAACGAGCCGAAAAAGAUGCGGCGAAAAAGACUGCCAAAGCCGCCGCUGCAGAACAACGUGAGGCUGAGAGAAAAGCCGAGGCCGUGGUAUUGAUCAAGAGAGUCGAACGGAACAAGCGCAAAUAUGUCACUGUGGUAUCGGGACUGGAAGACCAUGGACUCGAACUAAAGAAGGUGGCCAAAGAACUGGGAAAGAAAUUUGCUACGGGAAGCAGUGUUACCAAGACAGCCGCCGGAGGAGAGGAGAUUACGGUACAGGGCGACGUCAGUGAUGAUCUGUACGACUGGCUGCAAGAGAAGUAUCCUGAGAUACCGGAGGACAAUCUGGACAUGAAGGAUGAAGUGAAGAAGAAAGGUUGA